UCAGAGUCCGCCAUAGACUUUAAGCUGAGCACGACUUCAGAGCUGCAAUAAUUAUUAAGAAUUCGACAGUACUAGAGCUUCAACCAGAUGAAAUCUAUGCGAUAAACCUUUCAUACAUCUUUCAUUUUAAUAUGAUGAGGGUUAAAAAGGAAGACUACGCGAAGAUAAAGAAUAAUUACACAUGCAAAUGUAUUCUAUUAGAGACUCCGCCCCUCACCUCCCUUGCUUUUCUCCAGCCCAGGAAGGAGUCGUGGCUGAGCUUUGCGACGGUACUGGAAGAAGCCGGCUUGGUGCUUUACGGCAUUAGUUAUUCCAAGUUUAGGUGCUGGAGGAGGUCGGUCGCAAUCCGGGGCCAGAGGAAAGGUGAGUUCUUUCCCGGUCCUGGAACUGGGAAGAUGGGGGCAGGCAGGCAGUGACUGCUGCCCUUACCCUACAUCCGAGGUUUCUUUUUCCUCGUUUUCUGACUGGGUGGGUGCGGGACUUCUUCCUGCACCUCAAACCUUGGACGCUUCUGUCCCACCCACCCUCUGGACAUAUUCCCUGUUUUCCUCCCCGCCUACCCUGCAGCAUGGAAACGGAGAGCCCUGGCAGACCCUCCUCGGAGCAGACCUUCUCUGGCCUCCUAUUGCAACUCACUUGUCAGGGCACACCUGGUACGGACGGGGCGGCCCAGGAUCCAGUGGUCCAGCAGCUGGACGCCCUGAUAGGAGCAGCGGAUUGGCCCGAGCUCUUUCAGAGGGAUCCUGCAAUGCCCCAAGCGCUGGAGCAGGUGGCCCGAAUUUUGUCUGGCAAAGCGGCCCCACCCAAAGAAGAGGAUUUCCGCGGCGCCCCUGAGACCCGAGGGGCAGAGCGAGCAGCCUCCGUCGGGACUGUGUUCCUUCGGUUGCUGGAGAGAGUGGAGGCUGCCAAAGACUCUCUGGAUCCGUCAACUGUGAUGCCCGCGCUGCGCCUUGCUGCCCCACACAUCUACCUUUUCUCGGUCACCCACAGCCAGGAGCAGCCGUGGACCAGCCCCGAGUCCCAGAAAGUGGCCCGAGAGGUGCUGGCCUUGCUGCUAAGGGUUACGAACUGUGUGUCGGUGGCAGAAUUCCUUCGAGGAGAAAAUGAGGACCAGGCAGGAAGAUUCACGGCGGUGAUGGGUCUUCUCAAACCUGAACUGAACAAGGAAUCCUGGAAGAACAACCCUGCCACCAAGCAUGUAUUUUCAUGGACUCUGCAUCAUGUCACGAGACCCUGGCUGAGUCAUUACUUGGAAAGGAGCCUUCCUCCCUCCCUGCUCAUCUCAGAUGACUACCAAAUGGAGAACAAAAUCUUGGGGGUGCGCUGCCUCCAUCACAUUGUGCUCAAUGUGCCAGCUGCUGAUUUGCGCCAGUUUAACAGAGCUCAAGUCCUCUACCAUGCCCUAUUCAAUCAUCUGUACACACCAGAGUCCGACCUUAUCCAGGCAGUGUUAGAGUGUCUGCUGGACCUGUUUCCUGUCCUAGAGAGGCCGCUACAGUGGAAGGCACCUGAGCCCAGACCUAUGGGACCCUGUGAUGAUGUGCUACAAUUGAUUCUGACCCAUAUGGAGCCAGAGUACCGUAUCCUCCUUCGAAGAACCUAUGCCAAGAACCUGCCUGCUUUUGUAGAGAGGCUGGGGAUCUUGACAGUGCGACACUUGAAAAGAUUGGAGCCAGUGAUUAUAGGAUACCUGGAAGUCUAUGAUGGACCUGAGGAGGAGGCCAGGCUAAGGAUAUUGGAAACUCUUAAACUUACCAUCCAGCAUUGUUGGCCAAGAAUUCCUCACAGACUAGAAGUUUUUCUGAAGACCCUCCUAAAAAUGGUCUGUGAUGUGGUAAAGGACCAGAGCUUAACACCUGAACCUGUGAAGAUGGCCCUGCUACAGAAGGCUAUUGACUGUCUUGUUCUCUUGGACCACUGCUCUUGUGGGCAGGUUACAAGUCUGCUAGCCAAAGCUGUCCAGAGCUGUGAAGAUGACAAGGUACUACAAUGUAUCAGAAAAGUACAGCAGCUUUCAGGAAGAACAACCCAAGCUGGAACUUAAACACAUUGCCAUUAAAAAAAUAAUAAAUAUGUUUUUACUUAA